CGUCCGGGGGGCGGGGUGCCCGGAGGCGGGGCCCAGCCCCGUGUUUGUUGCACCGUGUCAGUUACAUUGUAACAAAAGUGGUGCAGCCGCUCUUCAGACCAGCACCUUAGGCCCGCCCGCCACCAGCUGUCUCCGACAUGGAACCUGUGGCCAGCAAUAUCCAGGUCCUGCUGCAGGCGGCCGAGUUCCUAGAGCGCCGUGAGAGAGAAGCUGAGCAUGGCUACGCAUCCCUGUGCCCGCACCGCAGUACGGGCCCAGUCUACAGGAGGAGGAAGCGAUCCCCCCAAGCUUCUGGCACGCUGGACAGUGGGCGCUUGUUUCUGGCCCAGCUCAGCUGUCAUCUCUGCCCGGGAAGCCCUUCCUGACUGCUGGUCUGUACACAACGAGCUGGAGAAGCGCAGGAGAGCCCAGCUGAAGCGGUGCCUGGAACAGCUAAAACAGCAGAUGCCCCUGGGGGCUGACUGUGCCCGUUACACCACACUGAGCCUUCUGCGCUGGGCCAGGAUGCAUAUCCAGAAGCUGGAGGAGCAGGAGCAGCAGGCGCGGUGGCUCAAGGAGAAGCUGCGCAGCAAACAGCAGAGCCUGCAGCAGCAGCUGGAGCAGCUCCGGGGGCCGGCAGGGCCAGGUGAGAGGGAGCGGCCGCGGGCAGACAGCCUGGACUCUUCUGGCCUCUCGUCAGAGCGCUCGGACUCAGACCAAGGUGAGUGCCCUGAAGCUGAGAGGUCGCAGGGAGCAAGCGGGCUGCGUCUGCUGACCGGAUCCCUCCCUGUGCAGAGGAGGCCGAGGUGGACGUGGAGAGCCUGGUGUUCGGGGGCGAGGCUGAGCUGCUGCGGGGCUUCGGCGCGGGCCAGGAGCACAGCUACUCACACGGCAGCGGCACCUGGCUAUGACCUUCACCGUCCCGGAGUGGACCUCCACCCUCAGACUACUCUCCGCUCUGCCGGCAAGGCUCCCCCAAGCCUCGGGGGCUGCUUGGAGUCACCUCCUGUUGGAAUGGACUAAAAGGACCCUUGUGCGGGAACAGAUGCCUGCCCCUCACCUUGCCGCUGGCUGUUAGCUGUCCCUCCUGGGGGAGGGGUGCCUGGGUUUCCCGAGUCCUCCGGGGCAGGCAGCUUAGGCCUGGGCCACUCAUCCAGGCCUUUUUUUGUAGCACUUGGCUCUGCUGUCCCCAAGGAGGCAGGAAGCCUCUUGGGCCCUCACAGUCCUUCCUAGACAAGGCCCUCUUGGCCUCUGUCCCAGAUACUGUACAGUAUUGUCAUUAAAAGCCUCUUUACUAACUUCCUGUACAUGGUCUUACCCGAUGAAAACGGGGAACACCCCGCUGCUGACAAACUGGAAAAGAGGAAAUGAGAUCAGUAGCCAUUACUAACACUGUUGACCAUAUCAGCAGUGUCCCUUUAAUCUUCACAGUUGGGGGCUGUCUCCACCUCACAGGCUGGAGGAGGCUGAGCGGGGUGACCUGCCUGCCUGAGGUCCAAAGCCAGCAAAGCACGGAGUCAAGAUUCGAACUAAAGGUUUCUGACUCCAGAGCUAGGGCUGAUUGAAUUCAACAAAUAUUUAUUGAAUGCCUAUUAUGUGCUAGGUAUUGUUCCAGGUACUUGGGACA